AGGACGAUACCAUCCACCCCCUCCUCAAACUCACAUGACUGCGAUUAGAGCAGAGGAGGAGUGUGGUGGGACAGAGAGAGGGAGAGAUGUUGCAAGUAUGAAAGUGCUACACUGGUGCCUGCUGGGAGUGACCAUCCUGCUGCUGGUGUGCGAGGUCACCAUCAGUCAGCUGUGCAACUCCCUCAUCGUCCUGGUGGAUGGUUUUCAUGCUCUUUUCAUUCUCAUGCGCAUGGUUAUUACUCCUCUUCAAACUGCAAGCACAAUAAAACCUCCUCUCAGCUCUUUGGACUCUCCUGCAUCUCCUCCACAUGCUUCCUCCUCCUCAGCAGCAUCUCCUGCCAACCUGCCUGACACCCAGACCGCCACUAAUGGGUCAACCAUCCCAGAUCGACCCCCCACUCCUACUAAAAUCUCACCUGCAGCCUUCGUCUGUGGUUUGUCCUAUACCUCCUGCAGGAUUCAGGUUGUGGGGGGUUUUGUUUCUGCUCUCCUCUUGGCCUCUCUGUGUCUCUCCUAUAUUAUGGAAAUUGUUGGCUUUAUCCUGGAGCCACAACCAGUACAGCGCCCCCUGUUGCUUGUAAUGGUCAGCACUGUCAGUCUGCUCCAUAAGAUGAUUGUGCUCUGGCUGAUGUGGGACCAGCUGCAGGCCCCGGAGAGCAAAUCUCACCUUGAAGUGAACCAGAAAGUUCCUCUCUUUGACUCAACCAAAGGCCAGGCUGAGCCGAGGCGAGCCCUGUGUGACGUUAGCCAAGUCCAGUCUGCUGUGGACGACUUGCUCCACAGUGGGACGCUUGUCCUCUGUAACCCGGGAACCUCCAGCAUCCCUGAUACUGACUCUCAAACCCCAGAGCCACAGGUAGAAGUUCAUACCGCAGCUCCACAGGACAACAGAGACUGUGAGGUAGUAAGCGGCGCUGCAGAUUUGAGUCAUUCAAAAGACAUCACAGAGCUUUCCAAAGACAACACCUGCAUGGAACAUCUUGGAAGUCAAAAUGCAUCUAAAACCUCAUCAGUCUACAAGUCAUCACAUCACACUGAGAGGCCCCUACCAACCAGCCAGUGGCCAGUCCGUCUCCCUUUGUUCAUCCUCAUCAUUCAGGGCCUUUGUAGCUCCCUUCUAGCUCUGAUCAACAGUCUGGUGAUGCUGCUGAUUGCUCCGCAGCACUUGCACAGCUCUGGAGCCUGUCGCCUCCUGGUUUACCUGGAUCCUAUCCUGUCCUUACUGGCUGUGAUUACACUGACUGCCACAACUACGCCACAGGUGCACAGGUAUGGACUGCUGCUGCUACAGGCCACGCCUCCGCAUGUUUGUGUAUCUGAUCUUGGACGGAGGAUUGCCAGUGUCCCUGGGGUGCAGGCGGUACACGACCUCCACAUCUGGCAGUUAAAUGAAUCUUUCACGGUGGCCUCCGUCCAUGUACACUGCCAUGUGGACUUUCCAGCACACAGGUGUCCUGAUCUGAUGCUGGGGAUCACUAACGUGCUACAGAGUGUAGGAGUGAACUGCUGCACUGUUCAACCUGAGUUUCCUUCCUGCCCUGGAUCAUGUGGAGGCUGUGGUGACGCCUCCGCCGUCGUCCACAGAGAGGAUCCCUCCCUGCCUGCUCUCCUGGCCUGCAGUCUUGCCUGCGGAAAGGCCUGUGCAGGGAGUCUGUGCUGCUCUCCCUUAGAAGAGGAGAGCAGAACUCUGCUGGCCCCACCAGCUGGGGAAACAAAGGAAGAGCCUCAGAGUCUGGUCAUCGAGAACACCUUCCUCUGAAUGUCGGUUUUAACCAAAGAGUGCACUGAUGUAAAAACAAAGAUGUCAUCUGUCUGAAAAUAUACUUUGUGCAUUUUAUGUAAAUGUUCUGUUAGAUUUAUGACAUUUACAGGGUGCUGUGCCAAAGAUUUUUAUGCAGUAUCAAGAGACUGCAUUUUCUCCCCCUUGUGUUGUUUAAUUUGUACCUGAAGUAUUUCUGUUCUCACCCAUUAAUGUACUGAAAUAAAACGUAUAAUAAAA